CUAGAACUUCUAGUUCUAUGUUGAACAGGAGUGGUAAAAGUGGACAUCCUUGUCUUGUUCUAGAUCUUAGAGGAAAUGUAAAAAAGUCAGCUGUGUCAAAAGAACUAUUUCUUUAUAUGGUAUGGGUUUUAAAAGUAUGUUAUUUUACAUACAGGUUCAGAGAGAAGAAAUCAUGAGGAUUGCAGUAGAGGUGGGAAUGGAAGAUAAGGAACUGGAGACAGUGAGUAUAGAUAAUUCUUUCACGAAGUCUGCCACUGGAAAAAGACAAAUAGUUGGAUGAAAAGACAAGAAUGAAUGAAGAGUUUUUCACUGUGGGAAGGACUUUAGUAGGGCUUGUGAAUUAGAUGGAACAAGCCACUAGAAUGGGUGAAAGGAAGAAAUGAAGGAGAAAAUAAAUACAUUAAGAGAGUGAAAUCCUAUACCUUAGAGAGGGAGCAUAGAUGGUCAAGGUUGAAUCUAGGUCUUUAAUGAUCUUGAGUAAUAUAGUGGAAUUAAAUAGAAAUGUUAUGAUCCCUAACAUCUGACUCAUGAGUUUCUUUUUGACUUAAACUGUCUUUCAGGCAGGCUGACCAUCACUCAUCAUGAGCUGUGCCCCUAAUGCUUCACACUCUCCAGUCUUCUUGCUCCUUGGGUUCUCAAGAGCUAGCAUCUCCCACACUCUUCUCUUCUUCCUGUUCCUGGCUGUUUACCUGACCACUAUAUUGGGGAAUGUGACAUUGGUGCUGCUUAUCUCCCAGGACUCCAGACUCCAUUCACCCAUGUAUUAUCUGCUUCGUGGCCUCUCUAUGAUAGACAUGGGGUUAUCCACAGUCACACUGCCUCAGUUGCUGGCCCAUCUGGUCUCUGAUUACCCAAACAUUCCUGCUGCCCGCUGCUUGGCUCAGUUCUUUUUCUUCUAUGCAUUUGGGGUUACAGAUACACUUGUCAUUGCUGUCAUGGCUCUGGAUCGCUAUGUGGCCAUCUGUGACCCCCUGCACUAUGCUUCGGUAAUGAAUCACCAACGGUGUGCCUGCUUACUAGCCUUGAGCUGGGUAGUGUCCAUACUGCACACCAUGCUGCAUGUGGGACUUGUCCUGCCCCUUUGCUGGACUGGGGAUCCUAGGGGCAAUGUUAACCUUCCUCACUUCUUUUGUGACCACCGGCCACUUCUUUGAGCCUCUUGUUCUGACACACAUUCUAAUGAGCUGGCCAUAUUCCUUGAGGGUGGCUUCCUUAUGCUGGGCCCCUGUGCCCUCAUUGUACUCUCUUAUGUUCGAAUUGGGACCACCAUUCUAUGUUUGCCUUCAGCUGCUGGUCGCCGCCAAGCAGUCUCCACCUGUGGAUCCCACCUCACCAUGGUUGUUUUCCUCUAUGGCACCAUCAUUUGGGUCUACUUCCAGCCUCCCUCCCAGAACUCUCGGCAUCAGGACGUGGUGGCUUCAGUAAUGUAUACUGCCAUUACACCUUUGGCCAACCCUUUUGUGUACAGCCUCCGUAAUAAGGAUGUCAAGGGUGCACUCCGCAGGCUGCUUGAAUGGAGGAAGGUAGAUCCCUGA